AGGUGAAUAUACAUAACUCAGGCUGCAUCCAAAAUGUGUUUGCAAUUAAGCCCCAGCCUACUGGCGGCACGGGGCUGACGUCAGCGCCUGGCUGGUCCAGCCCAGGGGAGCCGAGUUUCAGAGAGUUCGGUACAGGAGAGAGAGGAGAGGAGCGCAGUUUGGGCGCAGAGAGAGCGAGAGGAGCGCAGUAUAGGUGCAGAUAGAGCGAGAGGAGCGCAGUAUACGUGCAGAGAGAGAGAGGAGCGCAAGUGUGGGCACACAGACAGACCGGGAAAGAGAGCGUAGUGUGGGCGCAGAGAGAGAGAGAGAGACCGGGAAAGAGAGCGCAGUGUGGGCUCAAGAGAAGAGAGACCGGGAAAGAGAGCGCAGUGUAGGCACAGAGAGAGACCGGGAAAGAGAGCGCAGUGUGGGCGCAGAGGGAGAGAGAGACCGGGAAAGAGAGCGCAGUGUGGGCGCAGAGAGAGAGAGAGACCGGGAAACAGAGCGCAGUGUGGCCGCAGAGAGAGAAAGAGGAGCGCAGAGAAAGAGCGCAUUAUAGGCGCAGAGAGAGUGAGAUCGGGAAAGAGAACGCAGUGGGAGCGGAGAGAGCAGGAAAACAGCGCAGUGGAGAGAGAGACGGAAAACGGAGCGGACCCACUGACUACUUAACGGAACAAUAAGACGGACACCUUCUGUAGAGCCAGAGUUAGCAGAGCUGGCAUUUGCUUCAAGAAGACUGUGAAGGGGGGAAUAACCCCAGCAACAAUCAUUAAAAAUAGAUAAUUCUCUCUCUCUCCUUGUGCGUGAAGAUGGUCCUAUUUCUCCACGGGGUUACACUGAGGCUGCAGAGUUUCUUGCAGGAUUAAAAGGAAUAUAUUUACUGUCAAGUGUUCUCAUUAAACAGACGAUACUUUUCCUGUUGCUCUUCCUGCAGCCACUCGAGUGAGAGCGACAGAGCGCAAGACACCAGGCUGAGAUAGAACUGCAAGGAUACUCUGUUCCUUUCGUGGAUAGUGGAUGAAAUUUGCCUAAAAGCAGACCCACACAACUUUAAUCUGAAAAGGCGGUACAGUGGUGACUAUUGGACAACAAGGUUGCCAGAAUGGAAGAACAGUGCUUCUACAAUGAAACCAUUACCUUUUUUUACAACAACAGUAAAAAGCCCCUAGCAAAAGAAUGGAACACAAUCAGCAAGCUUGUCAUGGGGCUGGGUAUCACCGUGUGCAUCUUCAUCAUGCUUGCUAACCUGCUUGUUAUGAUUGCCAUCUAUGUGAACCGUCGUUUCCAUUUUCCUAUUUAUUAUUUGAUGGCAAAUUUAGCGGCGGCCGACUUCUUUGCAGGCCUGGCCUAUUUUUACCUCAUGUUCAACACAGGACCCAACACCCGCAGGUUGACCGUUAGUACGUGGCUUCUCCGCCAGGGCCUCAUAGACACCAGCCUCACCGCUUCGGUGGCUAACCUGCUGGCCAUUGCCAUCGAGAGGCACAUAACUGUCUUCCGCAUGCAGCUCCACACCAGGAUGAGCAACCGGCGCGUCGUCGUGGUGAUUGUGGUGAUAUGGACUAUGGCCAUCGUCAUGGGCGCUAUCCCAAGUGUGGGUUGGAAUUGCAUCUGCAACAUCAACAUCUGCUCCACCAUGGCGCCACUCUACAGCAGCUCCUACUUGGUAUUUUGGGCUAUUUUCAACCUGGUCACCUUUGUCGUUAUGGUGAUCCUAUACGCCCACAUCUUUGUCUAUGUACGGCAGAGGACGAUGCGAAUGUCUCGCCACAGCUCAGGACCCCGCAGAAACCGUGACACCAUGAUGAGCCUGUUGAAGACGGUUGCUAUAGUGCUUGGGGCGUUUAUCAUCUGCUGGACCCCAGGCCUGGUUUUGCUGUUGCUGGACGUGUUCUGCUCUGAAUGCAACGUCCUCACUUACGAGAAGUUUUUCCUGCUGUUGGCCGAGUUCAACUCUGCAAUGAACCCCAUCAUUUACUCCUACCGCGACAAGGAGAUGAGCGCAACGUUCAAGCAGAUCCUGUGCUGUCAGCGCAACGAGGGCAGCAACAACGCAGCCGAGGGUUCCGACCGGUCGGCCUCCUCCCUGAACCACACCAUCUUGAGUGGGAUCCACAAUGACCAUUCAAUGGUGUAAAACUGAACAGAAGGGUUCGCGGCUGCUCAGUGCAAGAUGACCAGGAUAGAGGAGACACCAGAUGUGAACCAGCUGUGGACGAGUGAAUUAAACACUGAAGACUAAAUACUAAAUAAGCACCAGGGGCCUAUUCAUAAACUAAUAUGAGACAUUGUUGACAAGUAUUUCUGCUUUAGUAGGACCUAGUGUGAGACGUCAUAACACCAGUUGAAGUCUUAAGUACUUAUGUUGUAUUACCUGCUAAGCUGUAGAAAUAAUGGCUUAAAAUAUAAUAAACUUAUUUUAUUCACACCCCCCCCCCGCCCAAACCCCACCCCACCCCUCAUCAGCAUGUUUGAGAUGGACUUUUGCAGAACAGGCAGGUUCAACCUUUUAUAGCUUCACGUUAGUACCAAAGAGCUUCUAAUGGAGUCCCUGUGAAGAGAGUGUUGGCAGUUCUUUGUUUUUUGGGACGUACAAACUGUGUAAGUCAUUAGUGUGCUUUUUUUAUUCUCUUUUUAUUUAAAAAUAACACAGUUGACCCCAAGCUGACCCAGUUAAUUUUGCUUCCAACAUUUGGCCUUCUACAACCACAUUUUAUACAGGAUAGUUUAUCUGAGACAAUUGUACAAAUGUCUGUUCCAUAUCAGCAAAUAUGAGUUCUGUUUUACAAAGCAUUCCAAGUUUCAACAGCAGUUUAGGACCUACUGAAUAAAUAGUUCCUUAGUUCAAGCAUGGCUGACACAUUUGCUUUUUUAAUUGCUGCUAAUUGCGCUCUUCAUUAUAGAUUACUGUGUUGCAGUCAAAACAUACGGUUAUAAACAGAAAAAUAGGUUUUAAAUAUAUGAGUUUGUCAGCAAAAACAGUGAACUAUUUAUUUAAUAUGGCCUGAUAAUGUGUUUUAACAUGACAAUGUUAAACUGUAUUGGUCUGUUAUUUGAUUUCUGAUGGCUGGGGUUGAUGGCUCCACGUGAACAGAUUUCAGUUCUUCAUGGAAUCCUGUCUAGGCGAGAUGCUUAAUUGAUACAUCCUAAGAUUUUGAACAGAUUGACAAGUCAACAAGAUCAUGCCAGUUUGCACUGGGCGUUGUUAGUGCCAAAGUAAAUGUUACCAAAUGGUUGAUGGUGUUGCGUUCAGGGAAGUGAAUUCUCCUUUUGAGUUCUACUUCCUAAUACUGAGUAUGGUAAAUUCAGUGGCUUAUACAUUUCUCUCCCGUCAGGUGCCUAACUGCGUUGGAGAGUUUCCUACUCUGGUGUUCUUUUGGAAUUUUAAGCAUUAGAAAAUUCCUAACAAAUAAAAAGAUUAAAAAAAAAUAAUGAUGAUGCAUGAUUAAGGCAUAGCAUGGAAGUACAAUAGUUCUUUGGAAUGCAUCCUUGGAGUGCUACUAUGAACCAACCCCACCGUUCGUAGUAGAUGUGCUUGCCAGUACUGCUUGGUUAAGCAUAUCCCUUUGCACUUAAAUGAAUUGGUCAAAAUGGUAAACCAUUUGACUACUGCCCUGCAACUUUUAUGUAAUUUGGUGGAGUAGGUGGGUUGGAAAAGUUGUCUUAAAUGGUUAGUUUGAUAAUCUAUCAAUGAUGAAUGCAGUUUUGCUUGGGGAUUUCUUUUUUUGUUUAAUCUAAAGGUGCCUUAAUUAUUAAUGCUUUUGAAUUGUUGGGUGUCUGUAACUUCAUGCAGUGCCCAAGCAUUACUGGACCAUCACUGCAGUUUGUAAUGUGCAUUGCCAACUCUGCAAUCUCAUUAAAUGAUGCACCAGGA